AUGAUGACCUUGAAUGGGAGCAGGCCAAUACCAGAGAGAAACCUUCAUCAGAUCCAUGGAUGCCCUCAGGUUCAGCCUUCAUGUAUGUGAACACGUCGGGACGCUUUGCCGGGCAGAAGGCUUUACUGCUGACGCCACAGCUGAAGGAGAACGACACUCACUGCGUCAUCUUCAACUACUACACGGGAGGCAGAGACAACAGCCACCCCGCUCACCUCAACGUGUACAUCAAAGAAAACAACAGCCCCAUGGGGAUGCCAGUGUGGAACGUGUCCGGUGCCGCCACUCGCUCCUGGACCCAGGUGGAGCUGGCCGUCAGCACAUACUGGCCAAACUUCUACCAGAUUGUGUUUGAAGCCGUAACCUCAGGGCAGCGCGGCCUGCUGGCCAUCAAAGACGUCACAAUCCAGGGCCACCAGUGCAUGAACACGCCUCACUUCCUGACAAUAAAGGGAGUGGAGGUCAACGCUGGACAAACGGCCUCUUUUCACUGCACCGUCAAUGGACGCAAACGGGACAACUUCCGUCUGUGGCUUCAGGGCCUCGGUGGACGGGAGGCCCCGAUGAAAGCCACUAAACCUUGGAACAACCGACGCUUCAUCGGCACUUUUGACGUGGAGAACACAACCAAGGGCGACUCGGGCCGAUACCGCUGCAUUGUCCACUCAGACAAAGGCGUUGGAGUGUCCAAUUAUGGGGAGUUAACCAUAAAACAGCCUCCUGUGCCCAUAGCUCCACCCCAGCUGACGGCUGUUGGUGCCACCUAUCUUUGGAUCCAGUUGAACGCCAACUCUAUCAAUGGGGACGGCCCGAUUGUUGACAGGGAGGUGGAGUACCGCACCGUGUCGGGCACCAUGUACGACCUGCAGCCUGUAGACAAGACCACACACAAGAUCGGCCAUCUGGACCCAGACACGGAGUAUGAGAUCAGCGUUCUGCUGACCAGACCUCUGGAGGGAGGCACUGGAGCACCAGGACCCCCCCUGAGGGCCAGGACCAAAUGUGCUGAGCCCAUGCACAGCCCACAAAACCUGGAGGUGAUGGACAUCCAAUCCAAGCAGGUGACGCUACGGUGGGAGCCUCUGGGCUACAACGUGACCCGCUGCCACAGCUAUAAUUUAACAGUCCAGUACCGGUCCAGAGUGGCUGGGAAGGAGGAGACCCGGGAGGAAGUGUGCUACGACACCCAGAGCCGCAAUCCUCAGCACACAAUCCACAACCUGACGCCCUUCACCAACCUCAGUGUCAAGCUGGUGCUCCGCAACCCAGAGGGGGUCAAGGAGAGCGUGGAGCUGGAGGUUCAGACGGAUGAAGAUGUGCCCGGGGCCAUUCCUCUGGACUCCAUUCAGGGCAGCGCCUACGAGGAGAAGAUCAUCCUGAAGUGGAGGGAACCUACACAGACCUACGGGAUCAUCACUCAGUACGAGAUCUCCUACAAGGCGGUGAGCUCCUUUGACCCCGAGCUGGACCUCUCCAACCAGAGUGGGAAGGUAGUAAAGCUGGGCAACGAGACCACCCACAUGUUCACCGGCCUCUACCCGGGCUCCACAUACUCCUUCACCCUGCGUGCCAGCACAGCCAAAGGCUACGGCCCCCCAGUCAUCACCCAGUUCACCACGAAGAUUUCAGCUCCCUCAAUGCCGGCCUACGAUCAGGAGACUUCUCUCAACCAAACGGACAGCACAGUGACUGUGCUGCUGAAACCUGCCCAGAGCAGAGGUGCACCAGUCAGUGCGUACCAGGUGGUGGUGGAGGAGGAACGUCCACGCAGAGCAAGAGGCACUGCCGAAAUCCUGCGCUGCUAUCCAGUUCCUAUUCACUUCCAGAACGCCACGCUGCUGAACUCCCAGUACUACUUCACUGCUCAGUUCCCAGCUGCUGGCAUCCACUCUCCUCAGCCCUUCACCGUGGGAGACAACAAGACCUACAAUGGUUAUUGGAACGCACCUCUGCUGCCUCAGAAGAGCUACAGCAUCUACUACCAAGCUGUGAGCACAGCCAACGGGGAAACCAAAAUCGAUUGUGUACGAGUCGCUACCAAAGCCGCCAUACUUGUGACUCAGCUCACGACCCCGUACAUCCGCAUCGUCCCAGCAGCCGGUGACAACCCACUAACAGGAGCAGCCACUCACAAACCGGAUGCUGUUGAGCCAGAAAAACAAACUGACCACACAGUGAAGAUUGCAGGGGUCAUUGCUGGCAUCCUCCUCUUCGUCAUCAUCUUCUUAGGGGUCGUUCUCCUCAUGAAGAAAAGAAGAACCUAUCACUCCUACACUUACUACCUGAAAUUGGCGAAGAAGCGCAAGGAGACGCUGAACAGCACUCGCCAGGAAAUGACGGUAAUGGUUAACUCCAUGGACAAGAGCUACACGGAGCAGGGCACCAACUGUGACGAGGCUCUGUCCUUCAUGGACACGCACAACCACACGCUGACCACGCGCAGCGAGUGUGCGCUCACGCUCAACGCCCGCAGUGAAUGCACCCUCACGCUCAACGGCCGAGCUGGAUCGUCGCCCUCCUCCCUCACGCUGCCUAAAGCCAACACUCUCAGCACAUCCAUCCCCACCAACGCCUACUACCCAGAUCCCUUUGUGCCAACCGCCAUCUUAGUGCCCAUUAAUGAUGAGAGCCAGAACAUGGGCAGUGACACCAGCAGCCUGGUGCAGUCUCACACUCACUCUCUGAGGAAGCGCGAGCCGGUGGACGUGCCGUACCAGAGCGGUCAGCUGCACCCGGCCAUUCGCGUGGCCGACCUCCUCCAGCACAUCACACAGAUGAAGUGUGCCGAGGGCUACGGCUUCAAGGAGGAGUACGAGAUAAACGAGAGCUUUUUUGAAGGACAGUCUGCGCCAUGGGACUCUGCCAAGAAGGAUGAGAACCGCAUGAAGAACCGAUAUGGGAAUAUUAUUGCAUAUGAUCACUCCCGCGUCAGGCUGCAGGCCCUGGAGGGGGAACAGAGCUCCGAUUACAUUAAUGCAAAUUACGUUGAUGGAUACCAUCGGCCGAACCAUUACAUCGCAACUCAAGGCCCCAUGCAGGAGACGGUCUUUGACUUCUGGCGGAUGGUCUGGCAGGAGAACACGGCAGCUAUCGUCAUGGUGACCAACCUGGUGGAAGUGGGCAGGGUGAAGUGCUGUAAGUACUGGCCCGACGACACUGACAUCUACAGAGACGUCAAGGUGACGCUGAUAGAGACGGAGCUGCUGUCGGAGUACGUCAUCAGGACGUUCGCCAUCGAGAAGAGAGGAGCUCACGAGAUCCGGGAGAUCCGACAGUUUCACUUCACAGGCUGGCCGGACCACGGUGUGCCCUAUCACGCCACAGGCCUGCUGGGGUUCAUCAGGAGAGUCAAGUCCAAGACUCUGACCAACGCUGGGCCCAUGGUGGUUCACUGCAGCGCCGGGGCUGGACGGACAGGCUGCUUCAUCGUCAUCGACAUCAUGCUGGACAUGGCGGAGCGAGAGGGCGUGGUGGACAUUUACAACUGCGUGAGGGAGCUGCGCUCACGGAGGGUCAACAUGGUCCAGACCGAGUAUGUCUUCAUCCAUGACGCCAUUCUGGAAGCUUGUCUCUGCGGCGACACCACCAUACCUGCCAGUCAACUGCGCUCUGUCUACUACGACAUGAACCGCCUGGACCCGCAGACCAACUCCAGCCCCAUUAAGGAGGAGUUCAGGACUCUGAAUAUGGUGACUCCCACGCUGCGGGUUGAAGACUGCAGCAUCGCGCUGCUGCCCAGGAACCACGAGAAGAACCGCUGCAUGGACGUCCUGCCGCCCGACCGCUGCCUCCCCUUCCUGAUCACCAUUGACGGGGAGAGCUCCAAUUACAUCAACGCUGCGCUCAUGGACAGUUAUAAACAGCCCUCAGCGUUCAUCGUGACCCAGCACCCCUUACCAAACACAGUGAAGGAUUUCUGGAGACUGGUGCUGGACUACCACUGCACUUCUAUAGUAAUGCUCAACGACGUUGACCCCGCCCAGUUGUGUCCACAGUACUGGCCAGAAAACGGAGUCCACCGGCACGGACACAUCCAGGUGGAGUUUGUCUCCGCCGACUUGGAGGAGGACAUCAUCAGCCGGAUAUUUCGGAUCUACAACGCAGCGCGGCCUCAGGACGGCUACCGUAUGGUGCAACAGUUCCAGUUCCUGGGCUGGCCCAUGUACCGGGACACGCCAGUGUCCAAACGCUCCUUCCUCAAGCUGAUCCGACAGGUGGACAAGUGGCAGGACGAGUAUGACGGCGGCGAGGGACGCACCGUGGUCCACUGUCUGAACGGGGGCGGCCGCAGUGGAACGUUCUGUGCCAUCAGCAUCGUGUGUGAGAUGCUCCAGCACCAGCGCUCUGUGGACGUUUUCCACGCCGUCAAAACACUGAGGAACAAUAAACCCAACAUGGUGGAUCUGCUGGACCAGUACAAGUUUUGCUAUGAAGUGGCAUUAGAGUACUUGAACUCUGGCUAAGUCGCAGGAGACGUAAACUUGUGGGACAUUACAGAGGACUGCAGCUAACGUGUGUGCACGCCCAGACAGGACCAAGGAUCACACACACACACACACACACACACACACACUGCAGUUUGGCUGUUGUACAGUGUUAACACAGACGGUUCAGGCUAAAGAAGACGGCACGAGCACAAUCUUCCUCUAGAGUGGUCUUUCAGUCUCUCUCUCUGUCUCUCUCUCUGUCUCUCUCUCUCUGUCUCUCUCUCUGUCUCAGCCACCUGUCGUCCUGUGGAUGUUGCGUUGAUCCUCAUCGGUCAGUGAGCAUCAAUCUUUCAUGUUUUUCCCUGGAAUGCAAAUGCGCUGUACAUAAUGUAAUGUAUUCAUUUGAUUCUCUCUGAUUUCUGUUGAUUGUGUUUUGUUGGUUGGUUUCUUUUGCUGGGCUUAUUAUUGAAAGUCAUUAAAUGCAGGAGCUCAAAGCCUAAAUGUUCCUAUAUAUUCCUGUUAAUGUUUGACUUGUACAUGAUUAUUGCUUCGUCACAGCCGGCCCGGUCUACAUCUGCUUACCCUAUUUCCUGUACAGGGAUCCAAAGCUUUAUUUGCACUUCCAUUGAAUCUUUGUUGUGCAUAUUGUACAUAUUUCUGUAGAUUAUUUAUUCACGGUGUGUACUUUUUUGUGACUCGCAGUAAGUGACAAUCAUAUGUUCUGUAUAGGUUUGUUUUAUUGACAGUGUUGUGCGCUCUCUUUUUUUGGUCAUCUUUAAUGACGGAUCAAUUCCAUUGUAAAGAAAGAAGUAUAUUAUAUAAGUGUAUCGACAUAAACAUUGGACUCUG